AUGCCAGCUCCAGCUCCAGUUAAAUCAUUAGACGGUCGUCUCAAGAUGAGAGAUGGUCAUUCCAUCCCUCAAUUCGGAUUGGGCGUAUACGAGAUGAACGAUCAAGAGGCUUAUGAUAGUACGAAAGCCGCUUUGGAUGCUGGUUAUAAACACGUUGAUACUGCUGAAUGGUAUGAGAAUGAGGAACCAUGUGGAAGAGCGAUCAACGAUUGGUGCAAACAAAGCAAUACCCCCCGAUCAGAAAUCUUCCUUACCUCCAAACUGAUGCACAACAAGACAUACGAGCAGGCCUCAGCGGAUAUCCGUAAAUCCCUCAAAAGAGCUCAGGUAGAUUCGUUCGAUCUGUACUUGAUGCACUCACCUAUUGGUGGACCGGAGAUCCGAAAGAAUAUCUGGAGAGCUUUGGUGGACGCUAAGAAAGAGGGUUUGUUGAAAUCUAUCGGAGUCUCGAACUUCGGUAAGAAGCAUAUUCAAGAGAUGAUUGAUCAAGGUGUCGAGCUGCCCGUGGUGAACCAAAUUGACUUACACCCUUUCAUGAGACAUCCUGAGAUUGUCGAGAUCUGCGAACAGAAUGAUAUCAUCCUUGAAGCUUGGGGACCCCUGGCAAGAGCCAUGCGAUUCGACCACCCUUCCAUCCAGAAAAUUUCAAAGGCUAAAGGUAGAGAUGUCGGUCAGAUUUUCUUGAGAUGGGGAUUACAGCAUGGAUUCAUCAUUAUCCCCAAAUCAGUCUCACCUAAGCGAAUUGUCUCUAACUCACAAAUCUUCGAUUUUGAGUUGAACGAAGAUGAGAUGAAAGAACUUGACGGUCUUGAUGAGUACCUUGUCACUGACUGGGAUGUCGUGGACGUCGAGUAA